GGCAAAGCGAGCGUGCAUGACGUCAGUGGGACUCUAUGGAGGUGUAUGGAGUUAUAUUUGUGCCAGAAAGUCAAGCGGGCACACUGGUAUUUUUAAAACGUUUUACAUUUAUAAUCUACAUAAUCACAACUGUAGUUUUCUUAUAACAAUAAAAAAUGUUAUCUUUGAUGUCAUUAUUACUAUAAUUACUAGCAUUACUGUAGAUGUAAAGAUCUUGGGGUGCAGGAGCAAUAUGUAAGACGAAUCCUGCAGUGAAAUAAUCAUAAUAAAACAGUAAAACGUCUCAGUCAUGUUGAAAAGAUUACAUUGAAACAGCUCUUAUUCUCAGCAGGCUGGGGGGCUGUCGGAGGGACGCAGUUACUGUUUGCAGUUUGUGAGGUUGCCAAGUCUGCGCCGAGCUAACGUUGCAGUGCCAAAAUUUGUAAUUUGACACCAGCAGGCAAAAAAAUCCAUAGUUGUUCAAAUAACUGAAGCCAGUAAACUGGAGUUAUUUCUUGUACUCCUAAGAAGCCAAAGCAUCCUUUUUGUUUUACUCCAAUAUCGUGUGAAGCAAGCUAGAGGCUAACAUUGAACAAAUAAUGCUAACAGUGAAUUAGAAGCAAAUAGUUGGCUCUAGAAAUAUCUCAAGCUACUUUUUCAAUUACCAAAAUCUCAAUAUUACAAUUGUGUGCUAAGUGAAGAAUGAUUAAAUUAUGGUGUUUUACUUCCUUUAAUCAGUUGUUCAAAACCAUAAUAGCAAGCUAACAGCAACAUGGCAAACAAUCACACUUCUUCUAUUGAUGCAGACAUAUUAGCAUAAUAAGUGUAGUAAGUGCUCCCUACCAUAAAAUACCCAAGAGUGCUAACACCAGAUUUAACAAUAUAUUUAUCUACCAUCAACUUACUGUGUAUGACCUGUCUUUGCUUGUCAUCUAGAAUCUUCUGGUGCUCAUCCGUAACUGGCAACACCAUGAAACUCAUGGAAUGGCAGUGAGAAAAUUGCAGUAACUAUAUUUGAUCACAGGAUGUCAUUCAUGCAUAUUGCAUCUUUAGUUUGUAAAUUGUACAUAUGAGGUUGUUUGUUGUGUGAGGCUAUGGAUGGGAAUGAGUUAGCGCUGGCUUCUUUCCACUCCCUUUGGGCAAAGACGUUUUCCGUUUCUUUAGUAUAUUUUUCAAACUUUGUUUAUUAUUUUUAACAUUUGCUGUCUUAUGUUCAAAUAAAUGUUUAAAUAAAUAAAAACACUUGCAUCAAUCAAAAAUUAAUUUGGUGAUCCUUCAAAAUGUUUUUUUAGAUCUUCAGAAGACAAAAAUAUACAAAAAGAAUGAGUAUACUUGUAUAUAAUCAAAGCCUAAACUGAAUCUUCAUUCCUAAAGCAGCAAAGUGCACGAAGAAUGAUCUAAAAAUAUUAAGUUCCUCAUACUAAUUCUAAAGAAAACAUUGUUUUAAGAUGAGAUAGUGUAACCUCAAAUUGCUACUUGUUUUAAGAUGAGAUAGUGUAACCUCAAAUUGCUACGUGUUAGUUGAUUAGUUAAAUUCAAUGAAAAAAAUCAGUCCACCUUAUUUUUAAUUUCUGCACAUAAUAGGAUAUUUUGGCAUUAAAAUGUAAUUGAACAUGUGAUUUAUAAAAUAAAAUGUUCAUUUAGAAGUACAUUUAAUGCACCUAAUUAACUCCUAUUAUCUACUUCCAACCUUUGAAAUUUAAAUAAUGAAUUUUCAUUUCUACUGGUAGGGAUAACACUGUAGGGAAUAAGAUUAUGACUGUGAGAAAUUUCAUUAUUUGUCAGAAAAAAAUGUGAUUUAAUUAGGCAUUACAAUGCCUUGCCAUACAGUGUCCCAACUUCAACAAGUGAACAGUCAAAGAUUUAGUGAGAAGAGCUAUACACAGGUUGAACACACGUUUUCCACCUCAGAUUAAUAUUGUGCUCGUGUGUCACUUGCGCUGAACUUUUUUUUCUUUGGCACAAAUAUAACUCUAUAUGGAUGACUCCUGACUGGCUGUGGUGAAAGUUUGGGGCGUUUCCAGACCUCCACAUGCAGUCAAAUGAACCAAUAACAGAAGAGAAUGCAGUUGCCGUGGUUACCAAUUUUGUAAACCUACACUACAGUAGUGGACAAGCUGCAAGCUAGCACGUUAGUUUGAUGAUAGAUGUCUUACAAAAAUGAGUGGAAGGAGUCUACCAGCUUUCAACACAAGAUACAAAGCAGAAGAUGCUGAAAGACUGACGCUGAGAAUGAAAAAUGGUCUUGGCAGCUCCAGGUACAAACCGGCUGAAUAUGAAAGACUGCAAGCCAUUGUUGAGGCCAAGCGCAUGGAGUUGGAUCUAAUUGGACAAAAGGUUCAGAAGUCUCGCUGCGCAGCCAAGGCAACGAAGGAGAGCUCCUUAUUACAGCAGCACAGACAGGUGUGGAGCAAAGAACGCACCAGGCUGCAAAAGGCUGAGAAGCAAGCUAAAGAUGGGCUCCACCAUUUUCUAGAUCAGAUCAGGCCUAUCGAUGUAACAGACACUGCUAUCUUUUCACUUCAAGAAUACGUGCUGUUCCUGGAGAGGGAACGAGAAGCAUUCAGGAAAGACACAGUUGAUCCUAUUUAUCAGCUUAGAGAUGACCUCCGCUCAAGACUGGGGAAGAUGCAACAUCAGCAGCUUCAUAAAUAUCCAUCAAACUGGGAACCAGUAAAAGAACAGGUAAAUUUUGUGAAAGAUCAGCAAGAAUACACUGUUGCAAAGCUUAAAGCAGAGUACAAGGCUCUGGAGGAAGAGAUGGAGGACCUCGGCUUGGAGAAAUCCCUUAAUAGUGCUUUGGAUAGUUUGGUGGGUUCAGAAAGUGUUCCAAAAGAGGUUUUGGAUGCAAACAGCCCUGACCCAGAGUUGAAGGACUCCCUGAUCCAGACCUUCCAGUCCAUCUCAGAGAGGUACCAGAGCAGACUGCAGAGUCUGCAGGAGAAACUUCAGCAGACUGACAGGUUCUGUGGCUGGAGUGCAGACGACCACAAACGCUUCCAGUUCAUCGUGUCCUUGUACACUCAUGAUGUGCCCAAACACAGAGAACUCAAAAUGGACAUGCUGUCGAGACUGUUCCCUCAGAGGACCAACCUGGAGCUGAUCGAGCAUCAGCGUUUGUGGGACUUGCGGCACUUCACCCAAUCACAGCUAAGGCUGGUGACCCAGCAGUGGCACAGAGACGUGGAGGAACUGCUGGCCAGUGCCCGGGUCAUGCUGCAGGAAGCAGACCAUGCCCACCAGGAGGAGCUGGAGCUCCAUAGGCAGCGUCAGCACCAGCAGGACAUCUGCUUGCAUCUCAAAGAGAAACUGAAGAAGUGGCGGGCCCAGCAGGAGGAGGUGGCAAAGCUGGAGGCGGCCAUAGCUGCAAGACGACAGGAGGAAGAAGAGGAGAGGAUGAAGAGGGAGCAGGAGCAGGAGGCUGCUGUCAGGUCACAGCAGAAAGAAAAAGUGAAGCAGUUUCAUUUGAAGCAGCAGAAGAGGACGGAGGUUCUGGAGCGCAGAGAUCAGGAGAGACUCGCUGCUCUGAGGAGCAUCAUGGAGGAGCAGGCGAGGAGAGACAGGCAGAGGGUCCAGUUUCGGGCCGAUGUCUUGCAGCAGCGAAGGAAGGAGAGAGAGGAGCUGGAGCUGGAGCGGCAAAGAGAAGAGCAAGACAAACAGAAUCGUCUGGAAGCUCUCAGAAAGCAGGUUGAGGUGGUGGCAGAGGCCGACCCAGAGAGGAUGAUGGGAGAUACGGAGGCUUGGAAGAGUCGACACCUGAAUGAGAACGAGCUGCAGAAGCCUCUUUACAGCCUUAGCACAUACACAGACACACAGAUUUUGUCUGAUCCGAGAGUACGACUGGAGCAGGCUCUACGGGAGGCGGGUCUGCAGCAAAGCCAGUACUCAAAGGCAGUUCUGUCUGAAGUGAAGCCCCCCAAACCGCCUCGACGGGACACAGAAUCCACACUGAAAUUUUAACCAGACUCAUUUAUUCCUGCAUGACUUUGCUCUGGAAUUAAAUGUAAAAUGAUAGUUUGCAAAAUCUGAUGCCGUUUGCUGCAGCAGAUGCUGCGUUUUCAAAGUACUUUGUUUAAAUAAAAGAAAGCUUCAGA